AAGAGUUUUUAUUUAGUUUCCCACCCCCAACAUGAUCGUUCCUGUGGUGGAUUUUAGCGCCUACAACCUGAGCAAGAAAGAUGCCGACGGCGAGGAGCUGCAGAGUCUGAGCGAGGAGCUGAAAGCCGCAUUUUCUCAAGUUGGGUUCGUCUUUCUUAAAAACUCUGGGAUUUCGCAAGAGGAGGUGGAGCGUGCCAUGGAGUCAUCGAAGAGGUUUUUCCUGCAGCCGGAAGAGCUGAAGAAGCGAUUCAGCAGGAAGAGCUUCCCAAACAACCCCAACCACGGCUGGGUGUCCAUGGAAACCGAGAGGUUGAAUCCCAGCCAGCCUGGAGACCUAAAGGAGGCAUUUAACGUGGCAUCAUUUCACCCCGACAUAAAAUGGCCGUCAUCAGACGCCGUGAGGGAUUUCCGAGAGAUCCACACAGCGUUCUUCCAGCGCUGCCAAGAGCUGAGUCUGCGGGUGCUGAGGGUGAUGGCCCAGAGCCUGAGUCUGGACCCGGCCGUAUUCCUAAAUGCGCAUCAAUUCAUAGGAACCGAUGAGAACGGCACAACGCUGCGUUCUCUCUACUACCCUCCACUGAAGAGUGAGACGGUGAAGGAAGGUCAGCUGCGAUGUGGGGAACAUUCCGACUACGGAAGCAUCACUCUGCUUUUCCAGGGCUCUGAGGGUCUGCAGGUUUGCACGCGCGCAGGUGAAUUCAUCUCGACUCCUAGUAUCCCUGGAACCGUCCUGGUCAACGUCGCUGACCUGAUGCAGCGCUGGACGAGUGAUCAGCUGCUCUCUGUGCGUCACCGGGUUUUGCUGCCCCCUGUUGGAGACUCCAGCACUCGCCAGUCUUUGGCUUACUUCGUCCAGCCGGACAACGAGGCCCUAAUCACCUGCUGCGACGGCUCAAACAAAUAUCCUCCCGUCACCGGAGGCGACUACCUUUUACAGCGCUUCAGCGAGUCAUACGGAAAGAACUGAAGAAAAGACGCUUGUCACUCAUUGCACAAAUGGCAAACCUCUCCAUUACGUCAUACACAGAGAUGGUUUCUACAGGUUUCACCACAGACGUUUUAAAAUAAUUAUGAAUGGAAUUUAAGAUAUAUAUAUAUAUAUAUAUAUUUACAGACAUGUACAAAUGUCGUCCAGCCAACUGGCACUAAAUAAAUACUACUUACCCAUGCCAUGAUAUGAUGAGAGACGCUAAAAAGCUAGCCAGCUAGCAAGGGCACCUCAGCAGCUAGUUAGCGGUAGCCUCAACAGUCUGAGUCACAGAACGCAAUGAAGAUGUCCGAGUGCGACUCAAACUUUUGCCUGACAGAAAAGUCCCCCAAUGACAAAAAAAAAAAAAAAAAACAUGGAAUAAAAUAUACUUAAUAUAUGAGAUAGAGAUUAAAUAGUCCUGCCAAGACAAAAUUUGAGAUCUAUGAUAAAAAUCACGUGACCCUUUAGAUUCCACAAUGGCUUCACAGCUGAUUUGGAUUGAAUUUGAUGUAAAUAGCUCCUUCUCUGUUGUUGGCCAGGAAAAUAAAGAAUGCAUUUUAAAGAAACACGUAGGCAAAUGAUGCAAAGACACAAGCAUUACACUUGCAAGGCCAUUCAUUUAAUUAGUAACAGUCAAACCAUGUACACCAUGACAUCAUUCCACAGGAUACUUAUCAAUGAAGACAAAAAAAGAGUUUUUACCAGUUUUCUGUUUUACUGCAAUGUUUAAGUAACAUAAAAUCAUGAUUAAAUAAAACAAUCUAAAGUCC